AUGGCUGAUAUGACAGAACCAAGCAUUAAAUAUGAAUCCAACAAAUCUGAUAAAUUAAUAUUGAAAGCCAAAGGAACAGGAGGACUAAGCGAACUUGUUGAAAAUCUUAAUGAAUCGGAAGCAGGAUUUGCAUAUGUACGUGUCAACGUGUCAAAUGAUGAAUUGUCGGUACGUACUAAAUUUAUUUUUGUGACAUGGACCGGAAGCAAUGUCAAAAUAAUGAGAAAGGCAAAAUUAUCAGUUCACGUUUCGGAUGUCAAGAGAGUUCUUCAGGCAUAUGCUAUAGAAGUUAAUGCACAUGAGAAAUCAGAGUUGAGCGAAAGAGAGAUUAUUACACAACUUAGAAAAGCUGGUGGUGCUAAUUAUGACAGACAAGCACAUGAUUAUUAA